AUAGACGACAUAAUUCUAUAGGUUUCAUUCAAACUAAGAACGAUCAGAAUCUUUAUAAAUAUAAUUAAAUUCUUUCUUUCAAACUUAUAAACGACUCGAAACUUUUAUUUGAACUGAAAGAGAUAAAUAUCUCCCUCACUUAUCGUAAGUGAAUACGUACACAUACUGAACUGUCAGUCCUAUUGAAUUACGGCGGAUUUCUUUAUAUUACGAGGACACUUGAUUUUUUAACUCGUAUGAUGGAAUCGUCUCGCGAUGCCAGUGAAAAUGUAAACAGCAGCAUAUAGAAGCACCUGUAGCCUUAGUAUUAAUAAAAUUGAUCUCAGUGACAUUUGGUCAAGGAAGAGAAAUCAGAAUGACACAACAAAUCCAGAGUUAUUCAGGUCAAAGUUAUGACCGAUGGGUUGAACGUAAUUCAAACAGUUCAACAUUUGGAAAAGUGCAGAAGCAGUUUUGGUUUACAAAAAGUGCUGUAAUACGCAAGCUUGGCAAAAAGGAAGAUGAGCAUGUUGUUGCAUCAGAUGCUGAAUUGGAUGCUAAAAUUGAACUCUUCAAAGCCAUUGAAUCAAGUACUAAAGAGUUGCAGGUUCUUCUUGCUGAUUACCAGAACAAAAUAUGUGUUAUGGCACAGGAAGAAAAUGCUAUGGGGAGGCUGUUGAAGGAAUAUGGUAAACAGGAUAGGAGCCGAGCUGGAAAAAUGAUGACUGCAGUUGGUAAGAGUUUAAGCUACACUGCUCAGCAGAGAGUAGCUCUUCGAAAUCCUCUUGUAAGACUUUUUCAAGAAGUAGACACAUUUCAGACUCGUGCGGUGGAAGACACACUUUGUACGGUUACAGAGAUGGAAAAAAUAAGGACAGAAUAUAGAGGAGCUCUCAUGUGGAUGAAGAACAUAUCCCAAGAUUUCAACCCAGAUCAGUAUCAUCAGCUGGAAAAAUUUCGAGAAGUUCAGGGAAUUGUUAAGCAAAAGAAAGCAAAAUUUGACCGAAUAAAACUUAAAAGUCUUCAGAAGAUUGAUCUUCUUGCAGCAUCUAGGUGCAAUAUGUUUUCUCAUGCUCUUAUUGUUUAUCAGAAUAAUCUGAUUACCUUUUCAGAAAAAACCUCUAAGACUCUUAGUAGUGUAGCAGGAAAUUUCAAAGGAUAUCAGCCGUAUGACUUCCAGGUGAUUAAGGAACUUGCAGAACCUCCUAGAAGACUUGAUGAUGCCAAGGAAGAAGAAGAUGAGGAAAAGUUAGAAGGUGAUGAUAAAACCUUUUUCAAUGCUGAAUAUCAUGAUGACCCAGAAAAGAAAAAACAGCGAAACAAGGAAAGACAUGGAAAUAAGAAAAAUAGAAAGAAGAAUAAUGCAGAUCAGAAGAAGAGUGAUAGUCUUGUGAAUCUCUUUGAUUAUGCAAAUGAAGAUGUAAGUGAAGAACUUCUUAAUCUACAAACAGAAAGUAAUGUUGAUACAAAGAAUUCUAAAUCGCAAUUGCUUGAUUUCCUCACAAACAAUCCAGAAGUGCCUGACACAGAAAAGGACACACAGCAAAUGCUGAAAGAGCUUUUUGACAGUCCUGUUCACCAACCACUUCCUGUCUUUGGAUCUGAUGAAAAUUCGGGUGCUUCUGGGCUCUCCAACACUGAGCCAGGGAUGGGAGUAAGUUCUGUCCAAAGUUUAGGGGAUCUUGACUCAGAUCCUUUCUCUAUGUUGCAAAGUCACUCAAGUGAACGUGGUAGCAUGUUCCUUCCUUCUCAGCUUUUAGAUUUUGGAAUGCAAAGUUGGCAAGACCAGUCAGCCAACUUCCCACUACAGAGCCAGAUGCCUGCAUUCCAGUCAGGAAAUUCAAUUGGUGCUCCAUCAGGCACUAUAAAUUUACCUGCUGGUUCACAGUCACAAACACAAAAAGCUACUGAGGCAGUUAAAACUACUCCAAGCUCAGGAACAACGCAAAGCCAUGAUCUGAAACAGGAAGUGAACAAAUUAGACUGGUAUAAAGUAUUCCAAGACAUUGACCCCUUGGGAGAUCCUGCAAAUGCAAUUUUCAGCCAAGCGCAGGAUGAUGACAAGAAAUGUUAAGGAAGAAUAAGUUUUUAUAGGUAUGUAUAACCUAAGUAAUGGUUGCAUUAGCCAAUUAAGUUAUGGAUAUGUAUUUACUAUUUAUAAAAAUGCCAUAUUUUUAGUGAUUUUAUUUUGCUUUAUUGGAAGUUCAAAUAUGAAACUAUUUAGUUUUGUCAUUUGUCUUCUUAACAUGUGAAUCAUUGUAUAGCAGAACUCAAUUGCAUUUUUCUUCCUAUUUUUAUUUAUGCAGUCACUAGUCAACAAAUAUCUAGUCAAAGCAAAAAGGGAAAAGUGCAGAAAGUCAAAUGUGUUAACUUAUUUCAAGAUUAUGCCAGGCAUACUAGUUGCUUCUGCUGUUUUGCCAUGGUCUGGUUGAUUCUCAGGUAGAGCAUAUUCAGAUUUACAAAUUGGGCUGCCCCAUAUGAGUAGGCAAUGUAGUAAUAAAAUCUGGAAUUUCAGCAAACUGGUAUUCAACUAACUUUUGUAUGGUUUUGUUUUUUAGUAUAACAUGAUGGAAAAUAGCUAUCUGCAACAUGUUUUUUUUUUCAUGGAGUAUACUUUUAAAAUAUUCUUCAUCUUUCACAAACCUUGCUUUCAAAGUAUUGAUUUUAAUAUAAUUAUGUACACUGUGUUCAUUAGAUACAAGAUAUUUUAGAAAUAUACAUAGAGGUGUGCUCUAAUGCAUACUACUCCUAUGCUGUAUGCAACAUCUCCAAUCUUGUACUACUGUGAUUAAAAGUUAGUGUGGUAAACAACAUGAUUACAAAUUGAAUACUGUAUAUGUUCAUGUACCUUAUAAAUCCUCUUGUAUUUAUUCAUGCUGGAACAUUAGGUUGUUGUGGACAGAACAAGUGUUGGAUACUGCUUUAAAAUAGGGAAAGUAGUAGAUUGCUUAGGGGUGAGACUCAUCUACUAUGGGAGCCCACCUGCCUCUCACCUGUCAAAUUCCAUUAUGCUGUUCACUGAGUCUUUAUUCACUUCUUUUCCUUUUCUAGAAAGCCUGCUUUGUAUUUACUGUAGUUUGUGAGUAUUUUUUCUUUAGUUGUUUUUUCAGUCAUGAAAAAGUGUUUGCAAUGAAAAUUCGACAUGAUGGGGACAAGUUAUUUUAUGUUGUACUAAGUAUUUCCUCCUUGAGUGGUGAGUCUAUUUGUGAUCAACAAAGACAUAAGCUUACCUGCAGCAUGCAUCUUUCUCCUGAAGGCCCAUUGACACUUGAUAUGGCAAGUAUCGGUGCCUAUGGGCCCCAUGUCCUUUAUUUUCUUAUGAUACAAAGUUACAGGUUUGACCUCUAAAUUAAGCUCUUACCCAAUUUUGAAGAUGUUUAAAAUGUUCACAAUAUUUCACAUUUGAAUACAAUUACAUGGUACACUUGUUCAGUGCUCAAUGUAACUGUCCCAAAAUUACCUGAAGAUUGGUACGUAAUACAUUUAAGUGUUCAAUUUGCUUUCAAAAUGCUCAAUGUAGUACCAAAGGUAAUCAGAAUACUGCAAAGCAUGUAUUGUCUCUCUGAUUGGAGAAUACAUAAUAAUGCCACUCUCAAGACCAGUAUAUGGUGCCCACAUAUGUAGCCAGUGUCAUGUAUGGCAAUUUAAGGUCUCUCCAAGUGGACCAACAUUGUUGCAUGAUAAACACAGUUUCCAGAAAUUGCAAUCUUGGAGGUUUUUAUAGGGGAUUUCAUAUUUUAUUGCAGUUGAUUUUCAAUUUUUAUUUUACUGAGUAUUGUAUAGGUAAAAAAAUCAUAAAUGAACGUGCAGUGCUGACUGCAUCAGAUUACCAUUCAUUUCCACUUAGGCUUCACAUGGAAGUAUCAUGAGUAGGCCAUUUUCUUCAAAUUAAUGAAAGUAUACAGACAAGUAUGUCCAAGGCUUUGGUUUGUAUAUCUAGGAAAAAUUGAAAUUAGUUCAGAAAUUCUUCAUAUUCUGUCAUUUGUUUUUAUUUUAUGGUUAGUGUAUGUUUGUCAUUGUAUGAGAAUAUCUUUGCUAGGUGUUAUUGAUAGAUAAGCUCAUAUGCUGUAUAUGGAUGCUUCUCUUUUCAUUCAGUGCCUUUUUUCCUUUACGAUUGCAAAACACUUAACAUGUCAGCAAAUUCGUACUGUCAUGUGUGGAUUUGUGUUACAUUCUGGUGAUACCUGUUUGAUGAAAACUAGAGUUAUGUACUCAAAGUAGUUAUUCUGUAUAAAAAAAUUCUCAAGUCUUAGAGGUGCUUCAAUCCAAAAUUAAAAUGAUACUUGGAGUAUUCUCUUCUCAUUCCCUCUGUUUGUUAUUUUCCUUUAAUCUGUAGAGUGCAAAAAUGCAAUGAAAAUAUUUGGCAGGCAAGAUGGGAGUACCUUUAGACAUUUAACCACCAGUUUACUCAUCCAGCUUUUCACCACUCAACUUGUCCACCAUAAACAGCUAUAAUGGCAUAUGUUGGAGUAAGUGGGUUUGGAUCUGUGAAAAAUUCAUUUUAAAUUGUGUUUCCUCAUUUACCCUUGGAAAAAUUAUUAGUAGAAUUCUGUUGUUAAAACCUCCUUACUAAAAUGGAUGCUCAGGUUUCAUCCCAUUAGGAAAGCUUGGUGGAAUCAUUUUACCAUUACAAUGUUCCUCCCGUAUGCGUGGGUGGGGAACACGGACACACACACACACCGCGCAUAGCUAGAAUCUGCAAAUAGUUGAAACCCCUAUAAAAGCGCUGAAAACUGUCUAUUUUAUUAGUUAAAACAAGAAAAACCCACAACAAAUGUCUAUAUCUGUUUUUUUAUAGUUUUAUCAAAAAAGGUGCAUUUUGUGAUGAAAUUGAUAAAAAAAAAAAAAAAAGCACGAAUUUGUGGAUGUUUCCCAUAGAAAAAUACCGCGAAUAGGGGUAUUUGUUCCAGAGAGAUAUCCGCGAAUGCGUGAGUCAGGGAAUCUGGAGUGUGCAAAUAUGGGGUGUUCACUGUAUUACAUAACUUGUUUGUUGCCUAUUUAAAGUUUUCACUUUUAGUCCAUUCACAGUUUGCUGUUUACAAGAUCUUGAUAUUGAUACCCUUGGCUCUGUUGGAGUGCAGAUCUUGAGUCCAUUAGGGAGUAACAUUUACUGUACCAGUAACACACUUGAGAAAUCUCAUAAUUGCUCUCUGAAAAAUUAGUAGGAAUACAAUGAUUUUGUUUCAUAGUGUACAUAGUUUUCUUUACCUUAAAAUUGUUGUGAUGACCAGUGCAGUUGUUGUGAUGAAAUAAUACUCUCUGAGUGAGUAUUGAAAAAUUUAAGUGUUCAAAAAUGUUGCAGUUAUUGAAUAUGUUUUCACUAUUAGUAGAUUAAUAGUUAUCAAUUUAUGAGUCUUCAACAAAACUAUGUAUAUACUGUAGUGCUAUUAUUGUUUUAUCUGAUGUAUCGUCUUACAAACUUGGGGCAAAUGUAGAUGCAAGAUUAUUACAAAUUCUGAAGUCUUACCAUUGUUACUCUUCAGAGAUCAGGAAAUAUCCACUAUUUUUAUCCCUUCUUCAUCAUGAUUUUUUCAUUAGCUUUUCUCAUCAAUACAGGGGUGUAAUUUGUAUAAAUAAUGGUGUAUUUUUUGUUAACGGUACAAUAUAUAGUAUAAUAUCUAACUAUCACAUCAAUAGAGGUUGGGAAAAUUUCAGAAAAUCUAACAUUGCCUCUCCUUUUUGCUGUUCUUGAUUUUGACUGAAACCUGAUACAAUAGGAGGAAAAUUCAGACAAGUUUUCAUUUAAUUGCAAAUGAAUUGAGUGAUGCUUUGUCAUUACAUACUGUAUAUCAUGUUAAUAUGAUUUUUAUUUUUGCUGGAAAUUUUGUGAUUUUACCAUAUAAGGGAUGACAAUGAAUGUGUGGUAAAUAUACGUAGGAAAGUUGUAGAAGGAGAUCAUGAUUACUGUUCAUUGCUGGGGUUACUUAUUAAGUUCAAGAAGCAAACCAACUACCUUGGGAAGGAUUGCUAAACUAAAGCUUUUUGUAUUGCAAAUUAUUCUGGUCACUGAAUGAGAAUAAAGGAUAGGUUGCCCUGCUCAUAUUUUUAAAAUAAGCUGGGAAUUGUAUUAUGUUUCAUUUUGAAUUUUAAAUUUCAUUUAACAAGACAUAUUUUGUAUUACAGAAUUAGACAUCUAAAAAUCCCAGAUACAAAAUAUUUGCAUAUCUCCAUAUAUGUAAAGAAUUGAAGGAAAGCCAACUAAUUGCAGUGUAUGAAUUAAAAGGGUACUAGUUUGUGUUAGUUAUAUUUUUAGGCAGUGUUAAGCAUGCAUGUUUCUCUUUUUCCUUGCAGUGUUGGUAUGGUAAGUUCCAGGGAAAUAUAGUAAAGUGAAGUUUGAUCUGAAUGAAAUGUUCUUUUGCAGUAUUAUUUGAAUCGAGGAUUUUUAAGUCAAUUGUGAAAUAAUACAGGUUGGAUUAUGCUUAUUUUUAGUUGUACUUAUUGUGCAUAAAUAUGUUAAAAAAUGGUCUCAGAUGUACGUAUGGUAUUUUAAUAGCCAUGGGUAACAUUUUGUGUAGUGGUACUUAAUACAUUUUUCUCAAGUAUGUAUGUUUGUUUAUUAUUAGAUUUUCUGUUAUAGUAUUUCAAAGACAGUUAUGUUAAGCAAGUGUAAGUUUUAUAGGCAGUCCCUGGGUUAUGUCGGACUCGACUUACAUCGUUCCGAGAUUACUUCACUCUUGAAAUAUAUUAAUAAAGAAUUAUUUUCUUGGGUAUAGUGCAUGUUCCGGGUGUACAUCCCUAGUCCAACAGAAGACUGGAACUUUAAUAUGGCUCCAUAUUGGUAAAAAUUUGGGGGUUUUUUGAUGAAAAGCUUAAUCAAAAUUCAGGUUACGUCAUUUUCAAGACACCUUAAAGGAUUAAAAGUAAGGUUUUUUUACAAUUUUUAACAAUGACUCAGGUUACACCCUUUUUUUUGGCCUCAUAGGAACGGAACCUUCGGUGUAACCCAGGGACUGCGUGUACAUACUGUGAACAUUACUUUUCUCUAUGGUUAAUUGCAGUACUAAAACUUUAAUUUAUUGCUGUUGGAUCAGGUGUUAUAAAAAUUUAGGCGAUUGGUGAAGCCUUUCGGCCAUCCCUAUGUAAAAAAAAUAGUAAUAAAUAAAAAAAUAGGUGUCGGUUAAGUCAAGUUUGUCAAUUUACAACUCACUGAGGUACAAGUUGAUUGUGUCAUAAGAAACAGGAUUUGACCAAGAUCACAAUUGAAUGAGAAAAUAUUUGACUGAUUUAUCUGAAGUUAGCAUGUGAUGUUUUACUUUGAAGACUUAGUAUGAUUUAAUAUUGUAUUACAUGGUUUUGUUAUGUUUAGAAGGAAGCUGCUAUAAGGUGCAUGCAGAUUUUUUUCCUUGAAACUUGCAAAGCUACAAAAUUCCUCCAACUUAAAACUCACAUUCCAUGUUUAUGAUUGAGAUGCUUUUAUUUUAAUUGUUAUUUAAUCUCUAAAUGUUUACUCUCCUGAGGACUUUUCUUUGUUUAUAUUCCAUAUCUUUUAUCCUUUUUCUGCUUUGUCUGUACUCUGUAGUAAAUAGUCAUUAUUCUGUAAGUUUCUCCAAUCAAGAGUUUUCACCCAACUGAUUAUUUAUAGCAUACAUUAUUUUUUUUCUCCAGUGCUUAGGAAAAGUAAACGGAGUGCUACUGAUGAAUUUCAUGUCUGAAGUAACACAUUAAGAUGCUACCUACAGUGCAAUGCUUGAUUUAGAAAAACAUGCUAGUCUUGUUGGGCAUUUACUAGUAACUUUUCAGUAAGUUUAUCUCAGACUUUUUUUGUCAUUCAGUAUUAUUGCUAACUGUAUUUCUGGUGAGAACUGUAUCUACUGUUCCUAUAAAACCACUGGUUCACAUUGCCCAGGGGAAAGAGAGACUUUUAAGUCCUUCCAAAGAUAAUUGUAGGCCUCUACGGUUUAUGUACAAGCUAUAUCCAUAUUGUGUAUGUUUCUCAAAAUAAAGUUUAAUAAUA